AUGGAGGCAGGGCCGGGUGUUAUCGAUCCUCCUACUCCCCCACUGGGGGGGCCAGGGCCGGGUAUUAUCGAUGCUCCUACUCCCCCACCUUUACCUGUUUAUCUCCCAGUAUUUCCUAAUUAUAUCCGAGUAUUUGAUGGAGAAGAACCUAUAGAUUUUCCUCGGCUAGGCCGAACAAUCGUGUUGGUAUUUAUAAAUUGGGCUCUCCAUUUGGAUCUUAUUUCGGGAGAGUUAAAUAUUAGAAAUCCCGAUACUAAUCGUAUAAUUCCCGUGCAGGAUGAUAUGCUUGAUUACGCCAGGCGUCUUAUACGUUAUACUACUUCUCAACUACGGUCUAGGUAUGAUCCGGUCUUAAUGAUUAUCAGACCUUUAUUACCUCAAGAACUUAAUUUACUACUAAAUGUGGCCUAUAGGACUUUUAGAAUGUCAAGUCAACAGUUGACGGAACUUGUGGAUGUACAAGGUGGGUUAUAUGAUAAUAUAUACAUCCUGUCAUCUCUUCUAGGUUAA